AUGCUCGCCUCCAUCGUCGACGGCCGCAAGGCCGCGAACGCAUCGGACGCGUGCAACCUGAACCUGUCGGAAACUAUUGUCGACGCGAAGGACGCGCUGUUCCAGGCGCAGCGCAACAUCCCGCAGCUGCCGGACCGCAGUGACGACGCAAAAAACUGGACUAGAGGCGCUGUACCGCUGCGUGAUUGGGACUUGAGACGUUCGGGGCAGACGUGCACGUCCGAUAAUCUGUUCGCGUAUAGGAAGAUGGGGACAUGGUUUCUGCGCGCGGGGGUUACAAAUAACCCUGUUGAUGCGUUCAUGCCGGAUUAUGAACGGCAGUUUGUGGAUGAGUAUAUCCCGCGCGACUGGAGUGACGCGCUGCGCUUGCCGCAUGUCAGGUAUGGCGGCGGGCCGGUCGAGAACGCGACGACGAUUAUUGCCAGGUUUGGCGGCAUACCAGGGUUGGCGUCCGUGUCUGUCAUGGUUUUUGAUGAGAACCCCGCGCUCACGGAGGCGUUGCGGCUGAACGCCAUCGCUGUCGAUCAGGCGAAGGAUGCCGUUACCUUGUCGAAUAUUGCGAUCUUGGCGCUACCGAUAGUCAUGACACUCUUCCCGGUUGCCUUUUUGGCUGACUUAAACACGUUUGCCAUGCUGUGCUACAUCGUGUUUACCGACAUCUUCUCCGCGCUGCCGUUCAUGAUCAAGGGUUUCGAGCUGCUGGACUCGGCCGCCACCAAUAGGGGCGAGGCCGUCGCAUAUCAUGCCGGGAAUGAGACGCUCGGCCAGAUGGAGGUGUGGGCGGCCGAGUGCCACGGCGAGGACAGCUUUCGCGUCAUGGGGAUCGUCUUUGUUAUCGUGGCCGCGGUCGCCAUGGUCGGAGGCGUGCUUCUGGAAGUGGUGGCGGCUGGGGUCAUGCGGAGGAGGCGCGCCGUGAACAAGAACGAGGCGAGCGGGCCGUUUGGGAUGGCGCUGUUUGAAGGCACUCGGUACGCGCCGCUGGGUAGCGCCAAGCAGGAGGACUGGGAGCGGAGGCUUUCGGAGGAGAUGGCGCCCGGGAGGUGGAGUUAUGACGAGGCGGACUUCCUGAAAUUGCCAGAUGGGCAUGGAGCUACGGGGAAGGAGAUCUUGUCGCUGGCGGAACGGGCAGAUCCUGAGGCUCCUUCAAGGAGAUGGCGAUGGGUGCCGUGGCGGAGGGGGGAAAGAGAUGAGGUGGAUGGAGAAGAUUCAAGGACGAUUGAGGAAUAUGGGGAUGAGGAGGAGGUCGGGGCUGCUGCGAUGGGGACGCCUGCCGAUGAUGGAGCCGGCGACAAGUGGAUCGUAACGCCUUGCAGAAUAACGCCCAGCGCUAGAACGCAAGCCGAUCCAGAAAUCUCACGUGCGAAGUCGGUUCGUCCUCACGCGAUGCGUGCCGUUCGGGAAGAAUGUGAUUCUAGACCCUCCGACGUCUUUAUCUAUUCGAUACACUUGAAAACCGGUGAUUGUGCAAACAGCCUCUUUGACACAAAUUUCAAACUUGGAUAA